GAAGAGUGAGUGAACACAUGUAUGAAUGUGUUAUGUAUCGCCAAGCACAUUUUUUAUUGAAUUAUUAUUUUUUUUAUAGUACUGAUGACUUCAUCUGGUGCAGUAAUAUUAUCAGAUGUCCAUGUUAAUCAUAAGCAUCAGCAACUGGACUGUAUAAAACCCCUCAGCGGAUAUGUCACAAGGUUUGAGUACAUAAUUGCUGAUGCUGAGGUGCAAGGAGACCAUGUUGGCAGUGACGUCCAUACAGAUGUAGAUGGUGAUUAUGACGUGAAAAGGAAAAAAAUAGUAUGCAAAGACUGCAUUAUUAUAGAACAUUCUUUAGGUACAGAACUCAAAUAUGUUGGACUUCAGGUCUGGCAAGCUGCUCUUCUGCUUUGUGAUUUCAUCCUUGAUAACUGUAACACCUUCAAAGGAUGUUGUUGCCUGGAACUUGGGGGCGGUGUUGGCUUAGCCAGUAUUACCCUGGCAACACUAGCUGAUACUGUCUUCUGCACAGAUGUUGGAAGGCAAAUCCUAGAAACUUGUCAAAACAAUGUUGAAAGAAAUUGUGUCAAUGAGAAGAAAUGUAAACCUAUCGUACGUGAACUAGAUUGGUUUAAACAGCAACACCAAGGUAGUGAGAAGACUGGUGAUUUGGAAAUUGCUGGAACCAGCAAUAGAUUCUACUGGAAGAAACAUGAACUUAGCAUUCUGUCCAGGCUGGAUUUCAUUAUUGCUGCUGAUGUAAUUUAUGACAACACCUUGACAGAAGCUUUUUUCAAUAAAUUGUUUGAAGUCAUGUGUGGCAGUGAGUGUUUAAAGGCAGUCUACAUAGCUACUGAGAAAAGGUUGAAUUUCACGUUGGAAGACUUGGAUGUUACUUGCAAGGAAUAUGAUUUUUUCCGAGCAUGUAUGAAUGAAUUGGCAUCAAAGAUUGCCAAAGAGAACACUUUUAAAAUUGAGCAAAUUCCUAUAGAAUUUAAACAGCGGUUCUCAUACCAAAGAACAAAACAAUUGGAAUUGUGGAAAAUACAACCAGUAAAGGUAUCUGCAUGAUUAUAUGGCUGAUGUUCAUUCAGUUUGGACCGGUUGAAAUUAUGUUUGGAAGCUGGGCCAAGAAUUUUUUUUGGAGAAAGUCAAGUUUAGAUGCAAUGGAAACAGUCCAUUUGGAUUUGGACAAUGUAUGUUUUGAGGCCCCGAGUUUGGAAGCUGGGAUUGUUGAGUUUAAAAGCGGAAUUGAGUAUUGAAGCAUCCCCAUCAAGUUUGGAGAAGCUAAGAAGCUUGACCAUUGAACCUGCACUUGACAAAUAUCUGGGGCCCCAAAAAUUUUUACCAAGUAUUAUUUACUAAGCUUCUUAUAUAAUUUUCAUAACUGUUUUCUUCAAAUUUAAUUUUGUAUUUUUUAACUUUUCUGUAAAGCUGGGCCCUGCAUACAAAGGAUUCAUUUCAAAAUAUUACUCCUUGCAUUUAAAGCUUUGAGGACUACAGCACUCAUUUACAUAUCAGACCUAAUCACACCACAUAAACCAGUUUGAUGUCUGAGGUCUUCAUCAGAAGCUCUCCUUCAUACCUCCAGCAGGUCCACUAGAUCAUACGAUGACAGAGCUUUUCUGUAUCAGCACCUCAUCUCUGGAAUAGUAUUUCUGAGUUCAUUAGACAUAUUGAUUUAUUUUUUAAACAACACAUUAAGACUUACGUUUUGAGUUGUAAUACUGUAGAGUAUGAUACUCUUUAAUCAAUAUGUUUAUAUUUUCCCUUGGUCAGUCUUGCACUUAUCUUUAGGUGGCCACUGUCUCGAUCACCGUUUCUGAGUACCUGCUCGUCUGUGGCAGGACAAUGUGUCCUGUUUCUUUGUUCGAACCAGCUAGGCAAAGGUCCAGGAUUACGCCAGAAUGGUGGUGGUUAGUGACCCCCUAGAAUAUGUGUACAAAUUUGCCUUUUCCUAUUUUUAAUGCUUAUCUUCAAUUCAAAAAGAA